ACGGGGGCCGGCGCCAUGGCGCUAACGGUUUCCGUGCCGACGGCUGGGUGACUCGCAUUAACGGAGGAAACGGGACGCCAGGGCGGCGACACCGAAAGCGGUUCACGGCGAUAGUCGUGAGGAUUGAACGGGUUUUAGAAAACAUUUUAUUGGAAGAUGGCCACUAUGCAGUUGCGGAGGACAGCUUCCAUGAGUGCAUUGGUAUUUCCCAAUAAGAUCUCAACUGAGCAUCAGUCUUUGAUGUUUGUGAAGAGGCUCCUUGCAGUUUCAGUAUCCUGCAUCACCUAUUUGAGAGGAAUAUUUCCAGAACGUGCUUAUGGGACAAGAUAUCUGGAUGAUCUUUGUGUCAAAAUUCUGAAAGAAGAUAAAAAUUGUCCAGGUUCUUCACAGUUAGUGAAGUGGAUGCUAGGAUGCUAUGAUGCUUUACAGAAGAAAUAUCUAAGGAUGAUCAUUCUAGCUGUAUACACCAAUCCAGAAGAUCCUCGGACAAUCUCAGAAUGUUACCAGUUUAAGUUCAAGUACACAAAAAAUGGACCAGUCAUGGACUUUAUAAGCAAAAAUCAAAACAAUAAAUCUAGUACAACAUCUGCUGACACCAAGAAAGCAAGUAUUCUCCUCAUUCGGAAGAUUUAUGUCCUAAUGCAAAAUCUAGGACCUUUGCCUAAUGAUGUUUGUUUGACCAUGAAACUUUUCUACUAUGAUGAAGUUACACCCCCAGAUUACCAACCUCCAGGUUUUAAGGAUGGUGAUUGUGAAGGAGUAAUAUUUGAUGGGGACCCUACAUACUUAAAUGUGGGAGAAGUCCCGACACCUUUUCACACCUUCAGAUUAAAAGUGACCACUGAGAAAGAACGAAUGGAAAAUAUUGAUUCAACCAUAUUAACACCAAAACAAUCAAAAAUACCAUUUCGAAAAAUCCUAAUGGACAAAGAUGAUGUAGAAGAUGACAAUCAUAAUAAUUUUGACAUUAAAACUAAAAUGGACGAACAGAAAGAAAACUUGGGGGCUUCUGAAAUUAAAGAACCAAAUUUAGAUUAUAAGGAAGAAGAAAUUAUGCAGUUCAAAAAAACCCCAAGUCCUUCAAUUUCUCAUUGUCAGGUUGAACAGUUAGUCAGUAAAACAUCUGAACUUGAUGUGUCUGAAAGCAAAACAAGAAGUGGGAAAAUCUUUCAGAGUAAAGUGGUAAAUGGAAAUCAAGGACAAACUUCUAAAGAAAAUCGAAAGAGAAGUCUUCGUCAGCCUGGGAAAACAGUGAGAAUGACCACAUUAACUCACCGUACCCGUCGAACUGAAGUCAGUAAGAGCGCUGAAAAGAAAGUAGAAAGUGAAGAAGACACUAAUCAAGAAAGGAGUCCAGAUAGUGAAGACCCUGGAGACUCUAAGGAUAUCCGCCUAACUCUUAUGGAAGAAGUAUUGCUCCUGGGACUAAAAGAUAAAGAGGGCUACACAUCUUUCUGGAACGAUUGUAUAUCCUCUGGGCUUCGAGGAGGCAUCCUGAUAGAGCUCGCCAUGCGGGGUCGAAUCUAUCUGGAACCUCCCACCAUGCGUAAGAAGCGACUCCUAGACAGAAAGGUCCUGCUAAAGUCAGACAGCCCAACGGGUGAUGUUUUGCUGGAUGAAACUCUCAAACAUAUCAAAGCGACUGAGCCAACAGAAACUGUCCAGACAUGGAUAGAGCUACUCACUGGUGAGACAUGGAACCCCUUCAAAUUACAGUACCAGCUGAGAAAUGUACGAGAGCGAAUUGCCAAGAAUCUAGUAGAGAAGGGUAUUCUAACCACAGAGAAGCAGAACUUCCUGCUGUUUGACAUGACCACUCAUCCAGUGACCAACACAACAGAGAAACAGCGACUCGUGAAAAAGCUUCAAGACAGUGUGCUAGAGCGGUGGGUAAACGACCCUCAGCGCAUGGACAGGCGAACACUGGCCCUGCUCGUGCUGGCCCACUCCUCCGACGUGCUGGAGAACGUCUUCUCCUGUCUGACAGAUGACAAGUAUGAUGUGGCAAUGAAUCGAACCAAGGACCUAGUAGAACUGGACCCCGAAGUAGAAGGGACAAAGCACAGUGCCACAGAGAUGAUCUGGGCUGUGCUGGCAGCCUUCAACAAAUCCUAAAGCCAGCAGGCGGGUUUCUCCUUUCCUCUGGUGGCUGGUGACUGUCAGAGACCCCAUCGCUGAGUUUUGUGUAAUGAGAUAUUGUCAUCAUUUUUUUCCUCUUUUUUGAAUCAGACUCGUGACUUGGGGAGGACAACCUCAGGGCCUCUUCAUGGGCCAUGACCAUUCUAAGCAGACUAUUUCUCCUCGUACUUCCAUUCCAUGUCCAAAUGAAAGCGGUGAGGCCACGCACAUCCAAUAAAUAUCUCCCAUUUCUGGGUUUAGUUUUAACCAAUGUGCUUUUGGAUCAACAGGAGUAUCUAUGUGGGGUUUAGAGUUUUCCAGCAACAAAAUGUGAAGAUGAAGAGCAAACUGUAUAUCCAUUUUUUUUCUCCCUUAUUCAGGUUUUCUCAGCCUUUGUCUCUUUGACUCUGCUAAACAAUGAUGCUUACUGACAUCACUGUCUCUUUGAAUGAGGAGCAAUAGAAAUAAGACUAAUUUUUGGCCCCUGAGAUUGUACCUCCUGCCUGUGAUUUUCUCAUCUUUAUCUAAUGAAAACACUCCAAGUUUGAUGACCUGACACCCAUAGUUCUAGGAGCAGAAAUGUAUCCCAUGCUCCUUUUUAGCACUAUCCUGCUUCCACAAUCAUUAAGACAAAGUCUGAAUUUAAAAAGCAAUGUGCCUCAGUCACCUCCUUCAUGCAGCCAGCAUUAGAACUUGUAGGGAAGGGAGGCAACAGGAGAAUUCACAUCUAUGAAGCCAGGUAUAGAGGGACACACCUGUCAUCCCAGCAGUUGGGAGAUAGUGGCAGAAGGAUCUGGAGCUGAAAGUCAACCUCAGCUAGAUUAGUAAGUUCAGGGCUAGCCAGGGCUAUAUGACACCAUCUCUCACUCAACAAUUAAAGACUUUUCUUUCAUCCUUUAGCAUGUGACUGUCUUGUUUGCUCCAGACUACUUUAAGUAUCUCUACUCUGAUUAAGGGAAUUUUAAGUUUCAAUUCCUAAACAACAGCACUGAGUCCAGACAAUGUAACCAAACUCCAUGUCUUCAUAAUCCCUGUUUUUAUUUCCUAUACAAAUUGAUAAAUUCUCCCUGUAUUUAAGGGCUUUGACAGUAAUUCUGUCUAUAUUUAAUCUACAGGUACCCUCCAAAUUGUGUCUUCUUUCAACACGGUCUUCAUUCUGGCAGACUUUAAAUGUUUCUGCUUCAGUAGUGAGGGUGAAGAGAGACUUUGUUAGAGGAGAUGCUAUUUAGAAUGGGUAGUUGAGUGUCAAUGGCAGCUGAUACAAAGCCUAGGUUUAGGAGCUCUGAAGAGGCCAGCACUUGGUUGUGCUGAUUUCAAGCACCCUGUUGACUGCCGGGGAGAAACAGACUGCCACACAUCCAAAACAGAUGACUUGAACUCAUACCAAAUCCCCCUAAUCAGAAGUAAAUUGCUCUAACUUCAUCAGCUCCCCGAACCUACCUAGAUCCAUGAAACUCUAAUUCAUUGUUACUGUUUUCAUUUCAUAUGUCUCUUAGAUUAGUUGAGAUAUAAGUUGUAAUUUGAGAAGCAAGUAGAGCCUUAGUCUGGCUCUCUAGAAGUACAAAAGUCAGCCCAUGUAAUAUCUAGCGGCUUAGCUUGUCUUCCCAUUAGAACAAUUCGGCAUGAAUUGAAACCAGGUUUUCCUGUGGAAAGCUUCAGCUUGGUUGGGGGGAUAGAAGUUGAGUUCUUUCUUGCAACUCUCAAUGUUUAUUUUUAUAUGUCCAUAAAAUGAGGAUGUCAUCACUUCAAAUCUGUGUAAUGUUCACUGCCAAACACUCAUUUAGUGUAUAAUUGCCAUCACAUUUCUGUAUAAUAAAGAUCAAUAGUUAUGCCCCUGG